AUGCUCUACUCCAGGGUAAGACCACUGGCUUUGAGAAUUCUAUGCUUGACGACGAGUCUCCCAUCAAACAUCCUAAAGCCAUGCUAUGCUCAAGGCACAAACAUAGCUCAGCUCACCCAAUCAACUCCCUCAUACAAAUUCUACUCCAAUUUCACAGCAACCCUACCCCCAGCCUACAAAACUAUCAAAAUCACAAAACGAAACGAUAUCGACAAACUCUACCCUCUACUUCUAUCAUACAUCACUGAACCAAGCAAGGCAGCUUCACUACAUGAGGUCAUUGUUGACAUAUAUGGUUGGCCAAACUUCUCUUCCUGCCUCCACGACGAAGGCGACGAGCCGGAGCCGCGCCAAGACAGUGGCGAGGGCCUAAACAAAACGCGACCCAAUCGUCAAAACGACCAGGAUCCUCAUUCAGCUCUCGAAGAUCACGUUACAUCUCUGGGUCUUGGGGAUCAAUUAACGGAAAAGAUCGUUGGGGCUUUGACAUGGAAGAGGAAACACUGGUCAGGUGAAGUCCCGGACACUGCAAGGGACUUUGACAACAAUGAGAGGGCGUUUGCAACCGCUGCACUCAUCAUAAUCUUUUCCCUAUGUGAACAGAUCUCUGUGCUACGUAUAGCCGAUUUCCCCACACUCCUCAGACAGUAUUUGCUCAAAAACAACUAUGGGCAGCUCAAACGAUUUGCCUUGCAGCAACUCAAAACUGUCGAGUUCGUCAAGGAAUAUCCCUUGGACAACAGAGUAUACGAAGUAGUGGAGUUCUUCGAGUAUCUCAGACAUUUUGGCAAGCUACCAGCCAUGGAAAACCUGACUAUGGAGGGUGUCAUGGAGAGUGAAGUCAACGAUUUGGUCUCACCAGGCACUUCCAAUAUCAGAAACAUCCAUCUCAGCCAUUGCGAUAUUUCCGGAUCGACCUUGAGCAAGAUGAUUCGUUCUUCUAAAAUACUCGAGGAACUCCGAGUUUCUUUCGGUGGCUUGUGGCAUCUGGACAUAGGUGCUUGGAAUAUUCGACCUCAGACCGUAGGGAAGAGUCUGUUGCAACAUCGAGACAGCUUGAAAGUGCUGGAUCUUGAUAUUGCAGAUUUUGAUUAUACAGAAGUUGAAUCUGGGGAAAAUAGUAGGUUUGACGAGCUUGUACAGAGUGGCGAUGAGUAUUUCGAGCUUGACAGAGAAUCAAGCACACUCCCGUUCUGGCAAGAGGAUAUACCAGAUGAUCGACCUUACAGCCUGACGAUCGGUUCUCUGCACGAUUUCAACGCCAUGACACAUCUCAGCAUCGGUCUGAACGCUCUGUUCGGCACAUCAUAUAGACGACAAGAACCUCCGUUUCGACUCAUAGAUGCGUUGCCUCCCAAUUUGGAGUAUUUUUGCCUCUAUGGUUAUGUCAAGGGGGAAUACGAAGAAAUUGAUAGCCAUAUCAAUGAGCUUAUACAACAUAAGGAAAAGCGUCUUCCUCGUCUGUUGAAUAUUCGCGGGGUGGGUGAGACAGUCCUGGGGGUUUCUGAUCUAUAUGCCGACGACAAUUCCCAAAUAGAAGAUAACCUGUGGCAGUGGCCUGAGAUGGAAUUGAAGUGGGUUGAAGCUUAG